AUGAGUGAAAAGGAACCGAUUUCGUUGGCUGAUCAUUUCGAUGAUCUUUCUCGUGUUCGUGUUCAUCCUCGUUUAAUCGAUCUUCUCAAUUUCGAUGAUUUUACAUCCACUCAUCACAUCAACAAUCCCACGAUGAUCCCAGUUGUGAAAGGAACCGGUGAAUGGAGGCUCUCUUGCGAUAAACCCUAUUUCUCGUUGGAUGCUUGUGCGGAAACCACGAUUAAGGUCACUCGCUCGAUCGAUUUCCCGUUGAAAUCUCGGCGUGUAUCGAUCGGUUUCCUCCCUGCCGUCCCGCCAAUCACUACGGCGAUUCCCACAUGGCGUGAGUCUCCGCACUUGCUCUUCACGCUCGGCUUCGUUCCAUUUGACAUCAAUAUUAGAUUCCGUGGCAAUUUCCCAUGGGGUGAAGAGGUGGCUGAUUUGUGUAAAUCGUUCACAGUGCCACGCGAUUUCGGCCAAUUCCUUCACAAGCACAAAAUUGGUACAAACGGCGUCGAUCUUGAAACAAUCUCGAUUCACGAUGCGAAUCUCAUUUCGGUGCUUUCAUCGCUCAAUUGUGAGGAAACAAUGCUUGAAUACGACACGCAAAUGAAAACUGAUGGUUCAUUUCCAUUCCCGAAAGGCAGCCUUUUUCCAUUCACCGAUUUGGAUGAAUUCGAUGAGGAAAAAGAGAAGAUAUCGUUGAAUGAU